GAUUGGCCGAGAGGGUCCAACGGUUAAGCGCUCAAGGCAUAGCGGGAAGAAGUGGCAGCGCUGUGUGGACCAGUGAAGAAGCAAUAGCGCUUGCGGACCGAAACUGCGAGAAAAGACACAGCCAAGGGCUGGCUGGCCUGAUGGGAUAUGCGCCUCGUUGGUUGGCGUGGCCUUUUGAGGUUGCUGCUUCAUUUCGGGCCUGUAAGAGUAUGCGCGCAGCUUUGUCGCAGCUUGAGAGCUCAGAAGUCCCACACCGAAGGUCUAUUUUCACAACCUCUGAGACGUGCGGGGCGCAACGGGCCGGUAGUGUUUGGCAUUGAGCACGUAGUGCGAUCUGUAGCGAUGACGGGCGAUCAUCAUGGUUUUGGGAGGGGACGGAUCCAAAAGCUUCUUCGUCACGACGGCAAUCUCCAUACUUUUGCCCAUCUCGCGUAUGCCUGCCACAUGUGCAAAGAUGCGGAUGCGCCACUCGACGCUAGCCUCGCUCCCGUCCUGCAUGCAUGCAUACACUAUGUACACACAUGGCCCACGGCCAGUCCACCUUGUCAUCGCCCAUAUCAGCCAAAAUGCGCUCGAAACACAAUGCUGCCAUUGGUGAAGACGCUCAGAUGUUGAAACACUGGACAUCUCAACAAGUGCAUCCAGCUGCCGAAUCACCAUCUCAGACACCAUGGCUUGGCGGGCCUGCUUCCAGGCGGCGCAAGCCACUCCAACACAUGGUUACUUCGGC